AUGGAGCCCAAAUUGACGGUACUCCUCAAGAACAGGGCAGAUAUGGAGGCCCGGCAUCCUGAGUAUGCACAAGCUCCUUUGUCACUGGCAUCUGAGGGUGAACAUGAAGAUGUGACGCGGUUGCUGUUAGCGCAGGGGGCCAAAGUCGACGCAACAGAUUCCCAAGGCAGGGCAGCACGGGUCCGGGCUAUUGAUGAAGCGCACGAUGAGAUCGUUAAAUUGCUUGAAACGUAUCAGGGGGUGCAGAUUUCCUUGGCUUAUGCAUAG